GGUUACGUGAGUGGGGGCGAAAGAUCUUGCCAAAAAUAGUAAUUUCUGUAAUUCAUCCUUUUUCCAUUUUCUCCACCUGAAUUAUGGCAGAGGAACUGAAGAAGCUAGUGGAAGUGGAAGCGCCGCCUCCUCCGCCUCCAGUUGAGCCCUCCAAACCUGUUGUCCAAGAGAAAGCUGUCGUUCCUCCUCCUGAUGACUCCAAAGCUCUGGCCGUAGUUGAAAAAGCUACGGAGUCUGAACCAAAGAAAAUUUCUGGGGGAUCACAUGACAGGGAUGUUGCUCUUGCUGAGGUUGAGAAGGAAAAGAGGUUGUCUUUUAUCAAGGCAUGGGAAGAAAGUGAAAAGACCAAAGCAGAGAAUAAGGCCCAGAAGAAACUCUCUGCUGUUGCGGCAUGGGAGAACAGCAAGAAAGCAGCUCUGGAAGCCAAACUAAGAAAAACUGAGGAACAAUUGGAGAAGAAGAAAGCAGAGUACGCAGAAAAAAUGAAAAACAAAAUUGCUUUAAUUCACAAGGAUGCAGAAGAAAAGAAGGCAAUGGUUGAAGCCAGGCGUGGAGAAGAAUUUCUGAAGGCAGAGGAGAUGGCUGCAAAAUACCGAGCCACUGGACAAACUCCGAAGAAGCUCCUUUGGUGCUUCUGAAUUCAUCAAGUUCCUGGCCUGAUAGGGGGUCAAAUGCAGUCUGAGCUGAGUGUUUCACUUUCAUCUGGCAUAGUUUUCCUGUUUAUAACUCCCACUUUUCAUCUGUACAUUUUUCUUGUUUGUUUUUGUCCUUGUCUUUGUUUAAACCAGACUGCAUUGUUGGCAGAUGUUUAUUGAAAACUUGAAUGAUUCUAUUCUUCGGUUGUGGAUGCUUCUCUACAGUGUUUGUGCUCUUGUUCUUGUAAAAUUGGUUUCCUCUUGUCAUUACACAUGCUAAACAAGGGAGAAUAAGAUUAUGCUUUUGAA